GCGCGGGCGGCGGGGCGGCGUCUAUAAAAGGGGGCGCGUCCGGCGCGGCCUCUCCAAACCGUGCGCUCUUGGCGAGGUGGCGACUGUUGCGCGCUGCGCUCUGACCAAGUUCAUUGUCUGCUGGGGCGAUGCGUUCGUGGGCGCUGCUGGUGCUGAGCGCGGCGGGGCUGGCAGCCGUCGCCGCCGCUCCUCCUCCUCCUCCUCCUGCCGGUUCUUCCAGCAAGGAGCGCGCCUUCAAGGCAGCCUCCUGGGACGAGGUGAACGUCUUGGCGCACGGGCUCCUGCAGCUGGGCCACGGCUUGCGGGAGCACGUCGAGCGCACCCGCGGGCAGCUGCGCGAGAUGGGCGGCCGCCUGAGCGCGCACAACGCCUCGCUCGGCAGCCUCGAGCGCUCCGCCGACGAGCAGCGCCAGCAGUUGGGGCGAGCGCAGCGCCUCCUCGACGGGCGCCUGGACGACCUCUCCAGCCGGCUCGGCGCGCUGGCCGGCGACCUGGCGGCGCACGAGGAGGCGGUGCGGGAGCGCCUGGGGCGCCUCGACGGGCAGCUGCUGCGCCAGGUGGGCGCCGAGAACGCCAGCGGCAGCCCCCGAGGGAGCGGACAAGCGGCGGAGCUGGGCGCCCUGCAGAAUCUGAUGAGUCGUCAGAACCUGAAGAUUGAGGAGCUGUUUCAUAAGAUUAAGCAACAGCAGUACAGAAUGGACAAACAGAACCUGCAGAUCAAAAGUCUCCAGAGCAAGGUCAACAUGCUGAUUCCUUUGCACGUCCGAGAGAACGAAACGCAGGGUCCGAAAUGGAAGGCGAGCGUUCAGCGAAGUGUGGACCGGUCCGGCAACCACAGCCAGAGUCCCCGGCCAAAGUCCCCGGCGAUGACGAAAUUCCCAGCAAGCUGUCACCAGCUGUUUCUGGAAGGGGAACAAACCAGUGGUGUUUUCCAGAUCCAGCCCUCUGGCUCCCAGGUCUUUGAAGUCUUCUGUGACAUGACUCCAGAUGGUGGAGGCUGGACGGUGAUUCAGAGGCGACUGGAUGGUUCUGUUGAUUUUGACCAGCUGUGGGAACCCUAUAGAAAUGGAUUUGGGAAUAUGAGCGGCGACUUUUGGCUGGGCUUGGAAAAGGUCCACCAGAUCACGAAGGACGGGCGGUUCCACCUCUCGAUCGAACUUCAGGACUGGGAGGGCAGCUCGGAGAGGAUCCAGUUCCUUUUCAGCCUGGGGGGAGAGGACACUGCUUACACACUCAGUCUCCUGGGCCCUAUUCUGGGGCAGCUGGAGAACGCCAUGGGCGACUUCCCACAGCUGCCCUUUUCCACGCGGGAUCGGGACCAUGACCUCAAGGGGGAUGCCAACUGCGCCAAACACCUCUCAGGAGGCUGGUGGUUCAGCAGUUGUGGCCACGUGAACCUGAACGGAAAAUACUUCCGCUCCAUCCCACGACAGAGGCACGAGAGGAAGCAAGGCAUCUUUUGGAAGACCUGGAGAGGGCGCUAUUACCCUCUGAAGUCCACCACUAUGAAGAUCCGGCCUGCGGAGAUGGGCCUGGCAUCCUAAAUGCCCAGGAGGUCGCAGGAGAGAGUCUGGG